AUGGGUAAAUGGCACUACGGUAUUGUCCUAGAUGCGGGAUCAUCUGGGACCCGAGUUCAUGUCUAUCGUUGGUUGGAUAACGCAGCUGCGCGCAAAGAAUCCGACAAAGAUGACCUCAAGUCGCUGCCGGAGAUCAAGACGAAAUCAAGCUGGGUGAAAAAGAUACAUCCUGGGGUUUCGACAUUUGCUGAUCGUCCGGAGGAAAUUGGCCCCGAACAUCUUGCCGAACUUCUCGAUUUUGCGCGCGAAAUCGUCCCCGCCGAUGCUAUCAAAGAGACUCCGGUUUUCCUCCUCGCCACUGCUGGGAUGCGACUGGUCGACGACGUAAAACAAAAAUUGCUGCUGGACCAUGUUUGUUCUUACGCUCGUGAGAACUACGACUUCGCGCUACCCGAUUGCGACGUGCAUAUACAAGUCAUCCCCGGUGAUACCGAAGGACUGUAUGGAUGGGUUGCAACGAACUAUCUGCUCGGAAGCUUCGACUCGCCCGGUCACCACGACCAUGGGAAAGGCCACCACACCUACGGCUUUCUCGACAUGGGUGGGGCUUCCGCUCAAAUCGCGUUCGCACCGAAUGCCACUGAAACCGAAAAGCAUGCGAACGAUCUAACUCUACUCCGGCUACGCAACAUCGACGGAAGCACUCAGGAACAUCGCGUGUUUGUAACCUCUUGGUUGGAAUUUGGUGUGCGGGAAGCUCGGAGGCGGUAUCUAGAGUCAUUGCACAAUGCGCAUGGCGAAGGAGUACAGGAGUUUCCUGACCCGUGCCUGCCGGCCGGACUGCGAACCACACUGGGUGGGAAGCCUCUAGAAGGGGCUGCGGAUACGGAGCAACAUCUUCUCGGCACUGGAAAGUUUGAUGAGUGCCUCCGAGGAACCUAUCCGUUACUAGACAAGGAUGCACCCUGCCUUGACCAACCAUGUCUUCUUCAUGGAAUACACGUCCCAUCAAUCGACUUCGACGUCAACCACUUUGUGGGUAUUAGCGAAUACUGGCAUACGACGCAUGAAGUCUUCGAGAUGGGCCACACAGAUAAAGCAUACGACUUCCAUACCUACCAACAUCGCGUAGAGCAGUUUUGCUCUCAGGACUGGGAUUCGAUUGAGGAAGGAAUUUCGGAACACAAAUGGGGCAAAAAAGUAGACCUUGAAAAGGCGAGCGAUGUAUGUUUCAAGGCUUCUUGGAUCAUCAACGUCCUGCAUGAUGGCAUCGGUGUGCCACGGGUCGGCCUGGAGCCGAUGGCGAGCUCCGGCCACAACGGUACGAAGGAAGUUCUCGAGCACGGCCAAAGCAAAGGCUACCUUGAUGCAUUUCAAGCCGUGAACAAGAUCGACUCUACCGAAGUUAGUUGGACACUUGGUAAAAUGGUUCUCUAUGCUGCGUCGCAAGUUCCGGUGGAGACCCAAGAAUCUCUCCCCGUUGGCUUUGGUAGCAAUGUUGCUGGUGUUCCCGGCGACUUCCAAUACCCCAGCGCCGAGUUGCUUCCAGCUCCAGAGAAUCUCCACGAGGAGUCCUGGCAGGAGGCGCUUUUCGAAGGCGGUUCCUCGCGCAGGGUCCCAGGAAUUAUCCUCUUCGUGCUUAUUAUUAUCCUGGCUCUGUUCUUCCUCUGUGGUCGCACUCGUCGGCUGAAGGUCUACCACACAAUCAACAACUUGUUUAGUUGUGGUCGCGGCACGCGCUUGAUUCACCAACGGAAGCGCAAGGCGUCCGGUGCAGUGAAGCCAUCAUUCUUUGGGCAGAGCACCCCUUCAUAUGAGCGCAUCCUCGAGGAAGGUGCCCAAGACAUCGAGCUCGGAGGUUCAGAAUCUAGCCGCUCGUCACACGAAUCGGACGCUGAAUCUGCAGCUUUCUUACCACCCCCGCGGACCUCUAGCUGGGGUCAGAAUAGUCCUGCACGUCUUCAGUUCAACCACGACAACUCUUCUGCUGGUACGAUCGGGCUCGGUAUUAGUGCCGCGCCUGGGUUCUCCACCAUCGAUCGCAGUGGCCUGGUCGUAAGGACAGAAGGCAGGGACCACCUGGCACCAAUCGCAUUGGGCCCAACGACGAACGGACGCCGGUCUCGAGCACCCAGUCCGUCACGGCCAAACUUCCACAACUCACCCAAUACGACACCUCUACACGAUUAA